AUGCGAACCCCCGUCAUAGCGCGGUGCAUACGUCUUCUGGGAGAGAUUGUUUCAGACAUACGGGGAAGUGAGGGUGGGGCUUUGGUGGCGGUGGGGCGGCUGGAGUGGGUGAGGCGAGUAGGGAACCAGUCUAGUGGGAGGCGAGUUGGGAACCAGUUUAGUGGGAGGCGAGUUGGGAACCAGUCUAGUUGGAGGCGAGUAGGGAACCAGUCUAGUGGGAGGCGAGUGGGGCACCAGUUCUCAUGGGAGGAGAUUUGGGAACCAGUCUUGUGGGAGAGGCGAGUGGGAAACCGGUCUAGUUGGAGGCGAGUGGGAGGCCAGUCUAGUUGGAGGCGAGUGGGGAGCAAGGCCAGUUGGAGGCGAGUGGGGAGCCAGGCCAGUUGGAGGCGAGUGGGAAACCAGUCCAGUUGGAGGCGAGUGGGGAGCCAGGCCAGUUGGAGGCGAGUGGGGAGCCAGGCCAGUUGGAGGCGAGUGGGGAGCCAGGCCAGUGGGAGGCGAGUGGGGAGCCAGUUGGAGGCGAGUGGGAAACCAGUCCAGUUGGAGGCGAGUGGGGAGCCAGGCCAGUUGGAGGCGAGUGGGGAGCCAGGCCAGUUGGAGGCGAGUGGGGAGCCAGUUGGAGGCAAGUGGGAAACCAGUCCAGUUGGAGGCGAGUGGGGAGCCAGGCUAGUUGGAGGCGAGUGGGAAACCAGUCCAGUGGGAGGCGAGUGGGGAGCCAGGCCAGUUGGAGGCGAUUUGGGAACCAGGCCAGUUGGAGGCGAGUGGGAAACCAGUCCAGUGGGAGGCGAGUGGGGAGCCAGGCCAGUUGGAGGCGAGUGGGGAGCCAGGCCAGUUGGAGGCGAUUUGGGAACCAGGCCAGUUGGAGGCGAGUGGGAAACCAGUCCAGUGGGAGGCGAGUGGGGAGCCAGUCCAGUUGGAGGCGAGUGGGGAGCCAGGCCAGUUGGAGGCGAGUGGGGAGCCAGGCCAGUUGGAGGCGACUGGGGAGCUAGUCUAGUUGGAGGCGAGUGGGGAGCUAGUCUAGUUGGAGGCGAGUGGGGAGCCAGGCCAGGUGGAGGCGAGUGGGGAGCCAGUCCAGUUGGAGGCGAGUGGGGAGCCAGGCCAGUUGGAGGCGAGUGGGGAGCCAGGCCAGUUGAAGGCGAGUGGGGAGCCAGUCCAGUUGGAGGCGAGUGGGGAGCCAGGCCAGUUGGAGGCGACUGGGGAGCUAGUCUAGUUGGAGGCGAGUGGGGAGCCAGGCCAGUUGGAGGCGAGUGGGGAGCCAGGCCAGUUGGAGGCGACUGGGGAGCUAGUCUAGUUGGAGGCGAGUGGGGAGCCAGGCCAGUUGAAGGCGAGUGGGGAGCCAGGCCAGUUGGAGGCGAGUGGGGAGCCAGGCCAGUUGGAGGCGACUGGGGAGCUAGUCUAGUUGGAGGCGAGUGGGGAGCCAGGCCAGUUGGAGGCGACUGGGGAGCUAGUCUAGUUGGAGGCGAGUGGGGAGCCAGGCCAGUUGGAGGCGAGUGGGGAGCCAGGCCAGUUGGAGGCGAGUGGGGAGCCAGGCCAGUUGGAGGCGAGUGGGGAGCUAGUCUAGUUGGAGGCGAGUGGGGAGCCAGGCCAGUGGGAGGCGAGUGGGGAGCCAGGCCAGUUGGAGGCGAGUGGGGAGCUAGUCUAGUUGGAGGCGAGUGGGGAGCCAGGCCAGUUGGAGGCGAGUGGGGAGCCAGGCCAGUUGGAGGCGACUGGGGAGCUAGUCUAGUUGGAGGCGAGUGGGGAGCCAGGCCAGUUGGAGGCGAGUGGGGAGCCAGGCCAGUUGGAGGCGAGUGGGGAGCCAGGCCAGUUGGAGGCGAGUGGGGAGCUAGUCUAGUUGAAGGCGAGUGGGGAGCCAGGCCAGGUGGAGGCGAGUGGGGAGCUAGUCUAGUUGAAGGCGAGUGGGGAGCCAGGCCAGUUGGAGGCGAGUGGGGAGCUAGUCUAGUUGAAGGCGAGUGGGGAGCUAGUCUAGUUGGAGGCGACUGGGGAGCUAGUCUAGUUGGAGGCGACUGGGGAGCCAGGCCAGUUGGAGGCGAGUGGGGAGCCAGGCCAGUUGGAGGCGAGUGGGGAGCUAGUCUAGUUGGAGGCGAGUGGGGAGCCAGGCCAGUGGGAGGCGAGUGGGGAGCUAGUCUAGUUGGAGGCGAGUGGGGAGCCAGGCCAGUGGGAGGCGAGUGGGGAGCUAGUCUAGUUGGAGGCGAGUGGGGAGCUAGUCUAGUUGGAGGCGAGUGGGGAGCUAGUCUAGUUGAAUGGGAGAGGACAGGGUCUUGGAACUAG